CCAGUACCUAGUAACACUAAGUUGACCACUGAAUCGCUUUACGUUACUACAGGUCCCCGAUUCAUUUGCUGUCUUCUCGCUCUCUACACGGCAUAUUUUCCUCUAUAUCCUGCUCGCCUACAUCCGGCUCCCCUCGACAGGAGCAAAAUUCCCCAAACCGCGCGCGCGUGCCCGCCGCCACAGCGGCGAAUAAGCGGGAAAAUCCCCAUUCCAGCUUCAAGUUUUCGAACCCUUUUUUUCCUUUCUCGUCUCCUCUCCGGUGGUGGCGAAAUUACUAGGAUCUUACGCUUUCCACUCUUUACGUUUGAUUCCUGCACGGGAGAUCUUCCAACGAUAUACCUUAAUAUCUAAUAAUCUAGGCAACACGAACCCAAUUCCUCGCCACUUCCUUUGUUGCAAACUAUCUUUCAAAAGGCCUAAUCUACCAGACACACAGAAGAUGACGGAUAUCGCAGUCAAGAAGAAUGGACAACAGGGGACAAUCAAGUCUGAUUCUUCCGGGGAGGAUACUGAGGGGAUGGAUGUCCAGGCUAAGGCGUUGAUGCAUUUGUUAAAUACCAGUGAGGUCUUCGUGGCGAUUAUGGCGGACAAGAUGAAGAAACAGCAGGAAGAGGCGCGGGCGGAGGCUCUCAGGGAGCAGCAGAGGCGAGAGCAUGAAUUGGUUGCCCCGGUGGUAAAGAAGGCCAGUCCGGCGCAGAGCGGGGUCGCGGCCGGGCCGAAACGGCAGACGAGGACGAGCGCGAGGCAGCAGCAGCAGCAGCAGACUGCGGAUCAGACUGAUGGGGCAGUGAAGGUGGAGGAUGUUGCGCAACAGAAUCAGCAACAGCAAGCGACUACUAAACCGAAGCGAGGUCGUGGGCGCAAGGCGGCAUCCCGCGGAAAGACGAUCUCGAGUUAUUUUCAAAAGGCGGAUGUGAAGGUGGAUGAGGAGAAGCCGACGGUUCAGGAAGCGUUGGAGCAUGCGGCGGACGAAUACGAAGCGAACCCCACGGCAUUGGGUGGACAGGAGCUUGUGGCUACGCAGCAGCCGGAGCUGGUGACGGGGGGUCGGAUGAAGAAGUAUCAAUUAGAGGGGUUGGAGUGGUUGAAGUCUUUGUGGAUGAACGGGCUCUGCGGGAUUCUGGCCGACGAGAUGGGGCUGGGUAAAACCGUGCAGGCGAUUUCGUUGCUGGCUUUCUUCAAGGAAAAGAAUAUAUCGGGACCAUUCCUGAUCGCGGCGCCGUUGAGUACGGUGAGCAAUUGGGUCGACGAGUUCGCCAAGUGGACACCGGGCAUCAAGACGGUCUUGUAUCAUGGCACCAAGGACCAGCGUACACAGAUCCGGAACAAGUUCAUGAAUAUCAGGAAUCAAAGAGAGAUGGAUUUCCCGGUGGUGUGCACCUCUUACGAGAUUUGCAUGAACGAUCGGAAAUUCCUGGCGCAGUAUCAGUGGCGCUAUAUCAUUGUGGACGAGGGGCACCGCUUGAAGAAUAUGAACUGCAAGCUCAUCAAGGAGCUUCUCACUUACAACUCGGCCAACCGACUUUUGAUCACCGGGACCCCGUUGCAGAACAACAUCACUGAACUCUGGUCGCUGCUUCACUUUCUCCUACCAGAGAUCUUCAACGACUUGAACAGCUUCCAGAGCUGGUUCGAUUUCUCGUCCAUGUUGGAUAAGAGCGGCCAGACGGAUGUCAUGGAGCGUCGGAAGCGCACGCUCGUAUCCACCAUGCACUCCAUUUUGAAGCCCUUCCUUCUGCGACGCGUCAAAACCGACGUCGAGACCUCUUUGCCUAAGAAGCGGGAGUACAUCUUGUAUGCCCCGUUGACUACUGAACAGAAAGACCUCUACCGCGAGAUUCUCAACGGCACUGGCCGGCAAUACCUCGAAGAGAAAGCAACUGAGCGACUAUUAGCACAAAAUGGCAGAUUAUCUCGCUCGCAGAGCCUGAAGCGAAGCGCAGAAAUGAGCGAGGCGUCGUCUCCCAGCAAGAGCGUCAAAUCGAGCCGUGCGUCCACCCCUGCUAGCGGAGCCCGGUCCGCAAGACGCAGCAGAGCACCACAGAGCUACAAGGAGCUGAGCGAUCGCGAAUUCAAUGCGAAGCUGCGGAAGCUGGAGCAAGGUCUGGAGGAGGAGCUUGACAUUGACGAACCAAACGAGACCGAACAGGAGGAGCUGGAGAGGGCCAAGACCAUCAAGCUUGCCAAGCAAGAAAUCGCGCAAAAGAAGCUGCAAAACCCCGUUAUGCAAGCGCGCCUCGUCUGUAACUCCCCGCACAAUUUCUACUGGCCUUGGGACAACAGCGAUGCAGCCGCCAUCGACGAGACUCUGGUGACCGCAUCGGGCAAGAUGCUCCUCCUCGACCGCCUCCUGCCGGCCCUUCUGGCUAAGGGCCACAAAGUCCUCAUCUUCUCCCAAUUCAAGACCCAGCUGGACAUCCUCCAGGACUGGGCAACGCACCUCCGCGGCUGGCCGUGCUGCCGCAUCGACGGCGCAGUCAGCCAGGAGGACCGCCGCGCCCAGAUCAAGGCCUUCAACACCGACCCGGAGUACAAGCUCUUCUUGCUGAGCACGCGCGCCGGCGGACAGGGCAUCAACCUCGUCGCCGCCGACACGGUGAUCCUGUUCGACUCGGACUGGAACCCGCAGCAGGACCUGCAGGCGCAGGACCGCGCCCACCGCAUCGGCCAGACCAAGCCCGUCAUCGUCUACCGCCUCGCCACCAAGGGCACCGUCGAGCAGACCCUGCUUGAGAAGGCGGACUCGAAGCGUCGCCUGGAGCGUCUGGUCAUCCAAAAGGGCAAGUUCCGGAGUCUGCUGGACGCGCCAGACAAAAAUACCGCGGCGGCCUUGACGCAGAGCGAGAUUGAUGAUCUGCGCAAGGCCCUUGGUGAGGACGAGUAUGAGCGCUUCGACCUCGGCGCUGACGAGUCGGCCAUCCUCUCACAGGAGGACCUGGACGUGCUGACCGAUCGGGGUGAGGAGGCGUAUGCCCGCGCCGAGAAGGGGCUGGAUACCGGUGGCCGGGCCUUCAUGUCCGUCGAGACGAAGCGGGAUGGGGGUGGUUUGAUGGCGCAGAUCGUUGGCAAGUGAGAACUCUUCUCUGCUCUUUUUUUUUUCCGGCUGGGUCAGCUUUGUAGAAUUUUGGGGGCAAUGUAUGUGUACAUGAUUGCAUUCUCUAGCAGCGAUUGAAGCGUGGUGCUUUACCUGGGUUGUGGCUGGCUUAACUACGAAAACCUAGACGAGGGUGGCGUUACUAUAUCUCCUUUGGGCCUUUUGCCCGCUCUGAACUUGAGGUCUUGUUCGGGCAGAUCAUGAUGCUGUACAUUAAUCACUCAAAGUCGAUGGUGAUGCCAGAGUUACC